CGGUUUGGAAGUUAAUUUAAACUCCCGUGUUCAUUUGACACGGAUUACCUCUGCUGUGUAGACAAAUCCUUAAAUACACACGGUGGCUUUACAGCUGCAAGAAUUGCGUUGAAUUUCAUUUCUUGGGAUUUGCAAAGCCAUCCCCUGGGAAACUAUGGACAGUGUAACAGAAGCCCGUAGAAGGCAGAAGUGGUCUGUGGAUCCACGAAACAGCGCCUGGAGUAAAGAUGAAACUAAAUUUGGACAGAAGAUGCUGGAAAAGAUGGGCUGGUCCAAAGGAAAGGGUCUUGGUGCUCAGGAGCAAGGAAAUACAGAACAUAUCAAGGUUCAGGUGAAAAACAACAUGCUGGGGUUAGGAGCAUCCAUCAAUCACGAGGACGACUGGAUUGCUCAUCAGGAUGACUUCAACCAGCUUCUGGCUGAACUGAACGAUUGCCACGGACAGGGUGAAACAGAGUCCUCAGUGACUAAUCGGAAGACGACGUUUAGUCUCGAGGAAAAAUCCAAAUCCUCCAAGAAACGUGUCCAUUAUAUGAAGUUUGCAAAAGGUAAGGAUCUCUCUUCGCGCAGUGAAGAUGAUCUGUCCUGCAUAUUUGGGAAGCGACAGAAGACUACGAAGAUGCAGGAGGAUACCACCGAUCCUGAGUCUCAGGAGGAGAAGCAGAGAGACCCCUGGCUAUCUGAGCCUGCAGACGGUCCCAAUACGGUGAAGAGUGGUCUCACUGUACAGGAAUAUUUCGCCAAGCGCAUGGCAAAAUUGAAGGGAUCCCAGAAAGAAGCAGAAACAAAGUCAGACAAUUGCUGCCCAGCCACAGAAGAAGCCUUGGAGCUUUCAGAAGAAUUGAAAACCAAAGCCAAGAAGAAAAAGAAGAAGCAAAAGAGUGAUGAGGCAGAGAGUACAGAACAUUGUGAGAAAGCAAAAGUAAAAAAGUCUAAGAUAAGUAGCUUGAAUGGAAAUGAACUGGAUGCUUCUUUAAAUGAAUGUCACUCAGGGAAAAAGAAAAGGAAGCAUAAAGAGCAGCACGAAGAGGAAAGCAUUAGUAAUGAUGAAAAUAUGGGCAAUGGAGAAGUUUAUAUGGGAAUAUCUGAUGGGGAAGAUCUCUGCACAGAGGACUCAGAGACAAAGCAAAAGAAACGCCAGAAGAAGAAGCACAAAAAGCAAAAAGAGGAGACAGGUGACUGUACUGAAGGAACGCAGAGAAAGAAAAAGAAGCACUGCAAGUAGAUUUAGCCAUUUAAGAGUCAAGGUGGGACUUUGAGGUGGUUUGAACUUUAUCACGUUGGAUGAGAAGCCUACAUAAACACCAGCCAAACAUCAGAUGGUAAUUCAGCCUUGAGUACACUUGAGCUCCUCAUCCAACUGAAACCACAGAUUGUAUUUAAAUAUAGCUCUUACAAGGGGGCUGAGAACAUGGUGACAGGCCAACAGGAGCUUCAGUGCCAUGCUGAAAAGGUAUCCAGCUACAGGGCCAGGGCUUGCACGUCUACAAAGCAAGACUUGAUUAAAAAGAAAACAACAGCUAUGCUUUGCCCUUCCGUUGUGGCAGAACCGAGGUUCACCUUAGGGGCUGUGCAAGAGCUGUGUUUUAACACAACAGAGCCUACACCUUCAGCCCACGUUCACCCUGGUGUGACUCCAUUCACAACAGAUAACAGCAAGCAAAAUCAGGGCUGGUUUUAACCACUGUGGUUAGGACUGUGAAAACCAGUAAAUUGCUUUGUGCUGGUUCACACUGACUGUUUUCUCUCAAUCCAGGGAGAUGAAAACAGAAAAAAAAAAGUCAUCCUAUUGCUGCCUUUAUUAUUAAAGCCACCAUUGUUUUCACUUGUGAUAGCUCUGCUUCUGGAAACAGGAGGGGGUCUGCAAAGCUGUAUGUGUUUCUUUUCAUUGAUUUUUGCGAAGUCGCGUGUAAUUUUUUCAUUGAUCUCCAUUUACAUAUAAAAAUGAACAUUGUUUUUUCCCAAAAUGCUUAGUCUUUAAUUAAAAGAUUACCCCCGCUUGUCACAACUAAAGAAUGAAAUAAAGUAACUCCCUGUGUUCCCUGGCCAGUAGUUAACUAUGGUCAAGUAACUGUAACUUUGCAACAGAGGUAUAGGAGCUUGCCCUUCUUAGCUGUAAUGUAAAUCUUUGGUUCCCAGGCAGCAUUCGUGGUACCUUUGGUGAUGCACCUAGCAUUCAAAAGCUGUCUUGGAUAAGCAGAGUUUUCUGUGAAAUUGGGAGACCAAAUAGAUUUUAAAAGCAUAGCUACUCCUCUGCAUCAGUAUUGCCACUUACACAUAGAAACCUUGCAAUUUGUAAAGAAAUCAGAGGCUGUUUCUCACUGCAAACCUGGAAAUAAGUAACGCUGGGACUCAGCACUGCCGCAAGCCAUUGUGGAGGAGAGGUUAAACAUUCAGGCUGGAUUUUGGCACCUUAAGCUCACUCAGCAAAAAGCUGUCGGAGGAGAUGGGUGAGCUUGGAAGCGAAGUGGUGAAAUGGGAAGAAGCAUUCACUGUUCUCGUCGUAUCUUGUCCUGAUAUUGCCUUGGCCACAACAAAUUGACAGCACAGCCCUGAAAGCCAGCCAGUUAUCAUGGCAUCAUCCAGGGUAGCCAACCAGGAUUCAAAGUCAUUAGCUCUUCAUUUGUCUUAGGGCCUGCCUGCGUUUCAUCAGAGUAAAUCUAAACCAUCCCAUUGGUCUGCUCUGCUGGAUAAAUGGGUAUGUUUGUGGUUGAGCCCAGCUGAGUCGCUGAACAUGGCUCGAAAAACGUUGUCAAGAUGCAGAUGUGAUACGAAAAGAUUCCUUAAGCUGCCUUUAUUGUCCAGCAGGAGAAGUGUAGCCUACAAUACACAGCCCACACGGCUUCAGAUGUCUCAGUUGCAGCUCAGCUGGACUUCUCACUUCUUAAGGUGCCUUGGUUUGCAAUGCCAGGAUAUCUUAAGAUCUGUCUUAAGGGCUUUCUUGCCCUGAGGACGCACCCGUUCGUUGCAGCAAAAUUGCUGUACUUUUACAAUAUGGUAAGGGAGAACAAGAUGCCUUUCUCUGUGCUUCCCACUGGCGUCGUUUUCACUAGUAGUCUUUAACCCUUAGAGCAUUUGCUUUCCAGCUCUUUGCAAAUAUUUGCCAUUGUGAUGCUGCUGGGGCUGGGCUUGUUCCCUGCCUUCCUUAAGCGACAGAUCACUUAAAUACCAUGCGCUUGCUCUGGUUGUGAGCAAACUCCAUGCUCAACAUGAAAAAAAAAAAACAAAAACUUCUCAAUGGGAGAAGGCAGCAAAAUAAUUUUCACGUAACAUUAUGAAGAGUCCUAAGUUUUAAAGCAGCGCUCCUAGUUUCUUGCUUACAGCUUCCUAAAUUUUUAUUUGUCAGUAGAAGCCCUGAAUGUUUCCCAUAAUGUUUUGUUUUUUUUUUUAACUGUUACGCGGCUGAACUUUACAAUCUCCUGGGGAUUUUAACUGGAAAAGGUGCUAGUAAAGGAAUAGGCUUUCCUUUGCCAAAUAGUGCUGGGUUUGUUCGCUUGUUCGCUGUAUUAAUCUUACACGAGUUUCUGUGUGCUGGAUCUUAUAGAAAGUGUUUGGCCAAAUUCCAGUGUUAGUUACAGCAAGAACAACAAAAAAAAAAGGAAUAAAUCUUUAAAUGUGUGGUGUUCCUACUGGUAAGCACAGUAGAUUUAAGAUUUAAAUCUGGCUCAGAUUGAAAUACGAGCUACGAAUAGAAGAUUCUCUAUUUGUACAAUAAGUGGGAAUUUCGCUUUUUCCUGGGAAACGUGGGAUUUUAUUUUAAUGUGCCUCAAGCUCAAAGAGAAAUAGGACGUGCAGAAAUUGGGUUGUAGGAAAUGAUUAUUUUUUGAUGUACUAGAAUUUGAAAAAAAAAAUGAUUCAGCUGCACUUCUUUGUAUGUUAGUGAUCAGCCAACUCUGUAUUAUGCAACAAGAAGCUCUUCUUACCAGAUACUGGCUUGUGAAGUGGAUGACAGACACAAGAACAUAUUUCGAAGUAAUAAAUUAUUAUUUUUUGUUUGUAGUGGCUUGUGAGUCCAGUUUUAACCAAACUCGGGUUUGGCAAGAAGGCCUUUUUAGAAAGCAGAAGAAUUCCAGCAUUACUCAGAUGGUGAAAUGAGCAGAAUGUAAGCACAAAGAAAUUAUUUGGUUUAGUUCUGUGAAAAUAAUACUUUUGAAUAGCGGUGUCUUUUGUUACAUAUUUGUCCAUCGUACCCACAUAUUGCAGCACAGAUUUAAUGUACCUCCAAGUGAAAUUACCCAGAAACUGAGCAAAAUGAAAGUCGCCGGUCUGCUUUCGCUUCCAAAUUAGGGGUGAUGCGCACACACAGCAUAGCUACUGAAUUGUUUUCAAUAUGGGUAAUCCCAACUUGCCAGUGACAUAGAAGAAAGUGAUGGUUUUUUGGGAGUUACUUCCACUCUUUGCAGGUAUGGUGUAAUUCUUCGCUUUGAGCCUUGAAAUUAAUUGUUGGUGCAAAGCCAUACCAAGCUAAAUGAUUUGCAGGCGCAGUUUUGUGAGCAGCAAUAGAGAUGCUAACCUUUGUGUGUGUAAUUACCUGCAAGCACAGAAGUGUGUCCUGGAAAGCAGAGGCCACGUCAAAAUACCCCGUUACCAGCAUCGGACCAAAGUCUGCACGAGCUUUUUGGGCUUCCAAAAACGCCUGGUUUGAUCUUGCUGUUGUCUGACUCUGUAGCACCUCCUGUAGAGCCAGGGACGGGAAAUCGCACAGGGUGGCAACCCCGAUGUGUGCAACAGGUACUGAGCACCGUUCUCUGAAUUCCCUUCAAAACUUGCCACCUCUUGUGCUUUGCACUGGUUAUUUCAAGGCACAGGUGUGAGCUGCUGUUAAGUACAAGUUUCAAGGCAACAAUGAAGAGCUCAGAACCUCCUUACGUCUAUAGGAAUUUCAGCUGGUAGGUCCUAUCUGAGAUGCAGCCUCUUUGUGAUACAUAAAUGUCACAAAUAUUGAUUAUAAUAAUAUAAGAAAUGCACUUGGGGAUCCCUCCAGCUCAGCAUCUUGUUGAAUUCAUGGAGUUUUCCUUUAAGCAAAAGCUCUGGUGCUGACUUCUUUCAAAUAAUCAGCUCUUGGCAAAGCAAAUUAGCAGAAUGCACCGCUUGUAAUUAACCAAUUUUCUCCUGUUUAAACACACAAGGCUGAAGUUCUUAAAGCAUCCACCUUCAAAAGGCACAAUUUACGUCACGAAACCUCCAAACCUGCCAGCACUGAGAGGAGGAAGGAAGCUGCAAGAAGAGAGGAAAACCACACAAAGUCUAUUGGAGAGGCUGCAUAGCAUCGCGCCCGUCCUAAAAAAGAUCUUGCAGCGGUGGGUCCUUGAACGGCGAGAGGAUUGCAAGCAUCUGGAGCAGUCCCUGGCUUCUUUUCUUCCCUGCCCCUGGUAGCUUGUGGUUUGCUGUAAAUCCAAUCCUUGCCGUGCUAUCGGCCGAGGAACCCCGAGAAGGGGUCAGAGCUCACAAAGUACUUGGAAAAUAAGCAAGGGAAGCAUCUCCAUACCUGUCCCGUGCAGGGAUAAUCAAAAUUCCCUCUAUACACAAAGUUUUAGUGAUGGGGAACUGGUAAAUAUGGUUUGAAAAGGGAAAAAAAAAAAAACACCUUUGUGGUUGCUGCAGUGGGAAAGUUGUUCCAAUGCCAAACUGAAACUCAAUUUCUCAGCAAGUCAGAACUUAAAUUCUGCUUCUGAGUCACUCGAAGAUUUUUUUUUUCCAUUAAUUAAUUAAUCCAUUUUUAUAAAUUUUUACGGCGUGAGAAGGAAAUUCUGCCGGUCCCUUUUCACCAACUAAAACGCAUUUCUUUUCUAACUGCUCAAGCUGAAUUUUAAAAAUAGCAGGAGCGGAAAUACUCAGCACUGUGCCUGUGAGCAUGCCGAAACCGUGAGCGUUUUUCUCUGCGGUUUUCACUGUGGGGUGGACGAGGGGAAAGCUCCGGCUUCGCCUCCCAGCAAAGAGCUGAUGCCCGGAGCCGUCCCUGGGGCAAAGCAGCCGGGAGCCCUGCAGGAACCCCGGAUGCUGCCCUUGGGAGAGGAGAGUCCCAUCAAUAAUUAAGGACCACGUAAAUCUGGAGCUAAUUUAGGAUUUGUGCUUUGUCCCACGUUUUCAUCUCUCCAAGGCGAGGGGGUCACUUGGGGAAAAGGGGAGAAUUUUAAAGAGCGGGGACGGGUUUGCAAAAGCCACGCUCGGGCGCGGGUUUUCCGUGUGACCCCACGGGAGUUGCAGCCACCGUUCCCCAUCCGUGAAAUGGGGAGAACAAAGCUUUCUUCCACCCUUUGUCUGCUCGCUCUAUUUUAGCUCGUGGCUUUCAGCCGUAAUUUCCCUGCUCUCAAAGCCCUGCGAGAGCUCUGCUCCUUCCCGUGCCCCAGAUACAGGUAAGCGCUGUGCCAGAACCGGGAAGGUAAGCAGAAAAAGUAAAGGUGAGCUUUCCAGCCUGCUGCUAAUUACCCUGAUACGGUCGCAAUUAGAAAGGUGGCAUUUUCACAUGGCCCCGGCUGCCUUUAUGUAACGCCGAGCUUCCUACAGGACAGGUUUAACCAGCAGUUUAAGUAGGGUGCAGAAUGAAACCCAUCUUACUAAUGCAAUCAGAAUGCCAGGUGCUGAAGAAGAAA